AUGGACCUACAGAACACAGAUUUGGCAUCAGGCCUCGUGUCUUCCACCUACAUACAGCAAGGUGCAGACGCCCUGAGCACACGCCGCCGACUGAUCAAGACCUUGCUUUCCCAGCGAUGUCUGCCGAAAGUUGGUUGGGAUGAAGACACUGUAGAAUUGUUCAUCAAGGACGCAGCAUUUAUGGACAGCAACAAUUUCUUGAGCAGUGUGGGAGUUGGAGAGCGAGAGGCUCGGGUCGCCAACCGCUUGGUCGCGAAGAGACAUUUUGGACUAGCCCAUGGCAUUGGCCGAUCAGGGGACGUUGCAGCUGAGCAGCCAAAGGCUGCAGGGUCCUCAUUACUAGCCAAGCUGACCAACAUUCUAGUGCAAGAUGCCCUCAAGGUGGCAGGAAUGCUGGAUGUUGGAGCAGUCACUGUACUGCCACUUGCAACAGGCAUGGCAUUGACUAUGACACUGCUCGCCUUGAAGGCAAAGAGACCUCAGGCAAGGUACGUACUGUGGCCGCGCAUCGAUCAGAAGACAUGCCUGAAGGCAAUAGUGUCAGCGAAUCUUGAGGCUGUGCCGGUGCCCUGUAAUCUGGAAGGGGAUGAGCUGCGGACGAACGUGCCCCUGCUGCGCGCUGAGAUCGAGCGCCUCACCCCUGCCAGCAUCGUCUGCAUCGUCACCACCACCUCAUGCUUUGCACCGCGGGGUGCAGACUCACUUGUGGAGGUCGCCAAGCUCUGCAUGGACGCAGACAUUGGUCACAUUGUCAACAACGCCUAUGGCGUGCAGUCUGCAGCCCUCUGUGCCCUGGUGACAUCGGCGUGGCGGAAGGGGCGUGUGGAUGCGGUGGUGCAGUCGACUGACAAGAACUUCAUGGUGCCUGUGGGCGGCGCCGUGGUGGCCGCCAGCAAGCAGGACCCCUCUCUUGUUGCCGCUGUGAACAAGGCUUAUCCUGGGAGGGCUUCUAUUUCACCGCUGUUGGACCUGCUCAUCACACUGCUGCAGUGGGGCGAGAGCGGCUGGCGAAAUGUUCUGCAACAGAGGGAAGCAGUGUAUUGGCGUGCAUUGGAUAAACUGAGGGACUUUGCUGAGGCCAUUGGGGAGCGCGUCCUGGACACUCCAAACAACCCAAUCUCAAUAGGCCUCACCCUCACGAGUUUGCAGCAAUCCUCUACAGCGAGCAGGACAAAGCCGACUACGUUUCUUGGGUCCAUGCUGUUCAAGAGGGCGGUGUCUGGAUGCAGAGUGGUGGCUAGGGGUAAGGAGCAGAGCGUGGCAGGGCACUGCUUUACAGGGUACGGUGCCCACUGUGAUGCUUACCCAUGUGACUAUCUGACAUUUGCAGCUGCUCUGGGAACCACGGAGGAGGAUGUGAAUGAGUUUCUUAGGAGGCUAAACCUGUGCAUCAAGGAGUUCAAGAAGCAGAAUUGUAAAUAA